AAGACCUUUAAGCAAAGUCUUCGAAGAGCAGCCACAACAACAAACUCCAUCUCCUUCUCUCUCUCUCUCUCGCAUCUCUCCUCUUUUGUUUUUAGGGUUUUCUUAAAAACGGAGAAAAGAUGUUCAGAAGAGGACCUUCGAGCAAGAGCGACAACACCAAGUUCUACGAGAUCCUCGGCGUCCCCAAGACCGCUUCGCCUGAAGAUCUCAAAAAGGCUUACAAGAAAGCCGCCAUCAAAAACCAUCCCGACAAGGGUGGAGAUCCAGAGAAGUUCAAGGAGCUAGCUCAGGCUUAUGAGGUUCUCAGCGAUCCGGAGAAGCGUGAGAUCUAUGAUCAGUACGGUGAGGAUGCGCUCAAGGAAGGAAUGGGUGGUGGAGGCGGUGGUCAUGACCCCUUUGACAUCUUCUCCUCCUUCUUUGGUGGUGGCGGUGGACACCCUUUCGGAGGUGGCAGCAGCCGUGGAAGGAGGCAGAGGCGUGGUGAAGAUGUUGUUCACCCUCUGAAGGUUUCUCUAGAGGAUCUUUAUCUCGGAACAACGAAGAAGCUCUCGCUUUCAAGGAAGGCUUUGUGCUCAAAGUGUAACGGAAAGGGUUCGAAGUCUGGAGCUUCGAUGACAUGCGGUGGAUGCCAGGGAUCGGGGAUGAAGGUCUCCAUCAGGCAGAUUGGACCUGGGAUGAUUCAGCAGAUGCAGCAUCCUUGUCAUGACUGCAAGGGCACUGGAGAGACCAUCAACGAUCGGGAUAGGUGUCCACAGUGCAAAGGAGAGAAGGUCGUCUCCGAGAAGAAGGUGCUUGAAGUAGCUGUGGAGAAGGGGAUGCAACACAGCCAGAAGAUUACAUUCAGAGGACAAGCAGAUGAAGCGCCUGAUACAGUCACUGGAGAUAUAGUCUUCGUCAUUCAGCAGAAGGAGCACUCAACCUUCAAGAGAAAGGGAGAUGAUCUCUUCGUGGAGCACACCCUCUCUCUAACGGAAGCCCUCUGUGGGUUCCAGUUUGUCUUGACACACUUGGACACAAGGCAGCUUCUCAUCAAAUCGAAUCCCGGGGAGGUUGUGAAGCCAGAUUCGUACAGGGCGAUAAGUGACGAGGGGAUGCCUAUACACCAAAGGCCCUUCAUGAAGGGUAAGCUUUACAUCCACUUCACUGUGGAGUUCCCGGACUCGCUGAACCCGGACCAGACAAAGGCCAUUGAAGCGGUUUUGCCAAAGCGUGCAAAUGCGACUCUGAGCGACAUGGAGAUAGACGAGUGCGAGGAGACGACGCUGCACGAUGUGAACAUUGAGGAUGAGAUGAGGAGGAAGGCUCAAGCUCAAAGAGAGGCUUAUGAUGAUGACGACGAUGAUGAGGAAGGCCCAGGCGGUGCUCAGCGUGUGCAAUGCGCCCAGCAGUGAUGUGACUUGCGCUUUUUAGUGAUAUCUAAAUGCUGGUUACGAUUUUUUAGUAAGACUUUUGCCGAUUCUGUGGCAAGAAACUCCUCUUAAUUCAAAUGCUGGUUACAUUUUUGUUUGUUUUGUUUUUCUGAAUAAACUUCUCUAGUUCUUGGAUCUUGUUACUAGUUCGGGUUGUACGAAACUA